GGUGGCUAGUGUAGUCACGUGACAGCGUGAUCUCCCGGGAGCCCCUACACUCUUGCAAUGGUUCGCGUACGGUAAUUGUACUGCCCUGCAGUGUCUUUCAGCUUGUACUUUAUCAGGACUCCAAGUUAAUAUUCCAGAAGUAACCAGUGGCUGCUAACUUUCCAUCCGUGAAGAUGUCUUCAUCACCAUCCUCUGAACCUCCUGGUAUUAAAGGUGACACCCCCAAAGAGAAGGACUUUCGGACACCUGGAUUUAGAGGGGUGAAGACAACCAGCCUGUUCCGAGCUGUGAACCCUGAGUUGUUUAUCAAACCCAACAAACCUGUCAUGGCAUUUGGGCUCUUCUCGAUCACAGUGUGCGUUGCUUAUAUUGCUUAUUUACAUGCAACAGAAGAAAAUAAGAGAGAGGUCUAUGAAGCCGUUGACAGUGAAGGAAACAGAUACACAAGAAGAAAAACAUCAAAGUGGGAUUGAGUUACCGGAACUAAGAUUCCCUUUGACUUCCUUUGGACAAUAUGUGGAGUUUGUCAUCAGUAGCAAAAAUAUUGUUAUAAAACAAGUGAAAUAAUAUUUACAGAGUAAAUUCCAGAUGUCUAAUAAAGAGUGACACCUCAGAUAAAAUAAUGCUCCCACUUCUCCGGAAAGGAACUCCUCCUUUAUUUAUUUUUUAAAUAAAGUUAAAUACAAGACCUAAAAAUCUGGUCAUGUGACUUCA